CCGCAAACACUCGUAGCAUUGAAGAAUGAACCGAAGGGGAUUCCAGUAAGGGGAUCCCCACACCCCUUUAUUUUAGCGAUACCAGGGGCUUCCCUGGGGACUUGAACACACCGACAGGGAAGUGAUUAUUUUGGCGCAAAUUGGUGUUUUGUGCGAUAGUCUUUGCGCGUAGCUAGCGUUCCGUUAAACAUAGGGCGAGUUUGCUAGCUAACGUUAGCUUCUUAUCGUAAAGCAAGCCAACAGUAUUUUUCUUCUACGUUAAUGUUCGUCUGCAACGGGACGAUCAUGCCACAGUGGACAAUAUGUGCGGUCAGUAUGCUUUGUAAUUAAUGCUUACCCGAUUUACAUUGUAUCGUGUUUUAUUUGGCCUUUAUAUGAGUUAGCCUUGUAGCUUCAUCUGAAUCUUGUUCCAACGGGCCUUGCGUUUCCAUCGUUAGCGAAGGUCUACAUUGCCCGCAAACCAGUCUCUUCCGUUUGCAUUCCCCCACACUGGUUCGCGGGUCGCUGACUAAUGUAGUUAGCCAGCUAGUAAAGCUAGUAUAGGUUGAAAGUGGAGACCACAAAAAUACUCCGUUGCCCAUAUAUUGUGCCCCGACUUCAGCUAUUUAUUUUUUUAAACGAUCAAGAUUUUAGUCGCGAUUGAAUCCCUUCUGCACAGAAUAUUUUACUUCUACCUCAUCAUAUUAACGUUAUUUCUCUUUCCCACCAACGCCUCGUUUAAACUGGCUCUCCACAUUACGCCAAACAGCCUGUUCAGCAAGCUUGGACACUCGCUCAUCGUUGUACUGACAAUCCGCACUGCUAGCUCUAAUGAGUGUUUGCGGUGGCCACUUCUGUUCAGCCACCAACCACGGACGAAAUUUGUCGUGAGGAACUCCUACACUGACAUAGCUGAAGUCUGGACACCCGAGAGUAGGUGUUCUGCCUUUAGGUAUACGGAUAAGAGUCUUGCGGUAGGGGGGUCUCGGACAGAUCGAUUGUGGAAGCCCGCCAUGCCCGGUCCAACGGCCGGUAGCAAAGCACGGGUGUAUGCCGAUGUCAACAAGCUGAAGAGCAAAGAGUACUGGGACUACGAAGCUCAUGUCCCGAGCUGGAGCAACCAGGAUGACUAUCAGCUUGUGCGUAAACUUGGCAGAGGAAAGUACAGUGAAGUUUUCGAAGCCAUCAAUGUCAACAGCAAUGAAAGGGUGGUUGUCAAAAUUCUCAAGCCUGUGAAGAAGAAGAAGAUCAAACGUGAGAUCAAAAUCCUAGAGAAUCUCAAAGGAGGCACCAACAUCAUCCGGCUGGUAGACACAGUGAAGGAUCCCGUGUCUAGGACACCAGCGCUGGUCUUCGAAUGCAUCAAUAACACAGAUUUCAAGGAUUUGUACCAGAGGCUAACAGAUUUUGAUAUACGUUUCUACCUAUACGAGCUGCUUAAGGCUCUGGACUACUGUCACAGCAUGGGGAUCAUGCAUCGGGACGUCAAGCCACACAAUGUGAUGAUAGACCACCAAAUGAGAAAGUUGCGCCUCAUUGACUGGGGCUUGGCGGAGUUCUACCACCCGGCCCAGGAGUACAAUGUCAGGGUGGCAUCCAGGUCAUACAAGGGACCAGAGCUGCUGGUGGACUAUCAGAUGUACGACUACAGUUUGGACAUGUGGAGCCUUGGCUGCAUGCUGGCCAGUAUGAUUUUCCAGAAAGAGCCCUUUUUCCACGGACAGGACAACUAUGACCAGCUUGUCCGCAUAGCCAAGGUCCUGGGGACAGAGGAGCUCUACGACUACCUGCAAAAGUACCACAUUGAACUGGACACUCGCUUCAAAGACCUGCUUGGCCAGCAGACUCGCAAACGCUGGGACCAGUUUGUUCAACAGGAGAACCAGCACCUAGUAAGCCCCGAAGCCCUGGAUCUGUUGGACAAGCUUCUGCGCUACGACCAUCAGCAGAGGCUCACUGCUGGCGAAGCCAUGGAGCAUCCUUACUUCUAUCCUGUGCUGAAGGGACAGUCACUCUCCAACACAGACAGCACUCUUGCAAUAAGUGGCUCCAAUGCAACAUGAUGAGCAGGAAACACCCCGGUUUAUAAUGAUUCUUUUUUGUCUUUUUUUGUUUUUACCUCAACUCUUGAAGCUUUUUUGGUGGCAGAGUUUUCUCUGCCCCCUCAGGAGAACACUUUUACUGGAACAAGAAAACAAAAAGGUCAAUCCAGCACACGGGACAUGUACAGAACGAAGACACGCAUCCAUUUUGCGCAUUACACUGGCAAAAUCCCGUCUCCUCUGCACACAUACUCAACCAACCACGCACAUAUACAACACACACUCAAACACACACAGACAAAAAACACACACUGUCUACCCGCUGCUCUAGGCUCCCAGCAGGAACAGUCCAAACUACAGUAGACCCCAACCACCCCACCACCCUCAACCUGACCCCCUGGUCCAACCACUCCUUUUGUUUUUAGUUAGAGGGGAAAAAGGAGAGGGAAAAAAAGUUUUGUAAAAGAACACACUGAGCCCCCAUCCCGAUCACGCUCCCCUCUUUUACCUUACCCUCCCUGUUUUAAAAUAAGCUUGGCAGACACAGGAGGAAAGAAUGCCUGCUCUUUCCCCCCUUGCAUUGGGUCUGCGUAUCUCAAGAGGGAUCAGUCCUAGCAGUGCCAAUGGGGUUUUUGCUGGACGGGGUUCUAAUCUGCUGAUAUGAGGUCAGAAUCCGAAGCUGUAGUGUCGAGUGGCAUGGAGAAUUUUUUUUUCUGCUAUGGUUGAAUUGAGAAUUACUAUCAAUGAGAAUAAAUAAAUUUUAUUUUA